AUAUGCUGCACUAACACCUCUCUUCUCUCACAGCUGUUCGAAACUGCCAACAAGUAUCAUUUCCUGCACAGUUUGGCUCUUCUGGGAGUCCCCCAUUGCCGCAAGCCCCUGCUGGCUGGCACCUUGCUGACCUCCGGGAUGGCCAUGUUCUGCGGCUCCCUCUACUACCAGGCCAUCACCGCCGACCCCACCUUCACAAAGGCCGCGCCGCUCGGCGGGACCCUGCUGAUCGUCGGCUGGGCGGCCAUGGCCCUGUGAGGGGCAGAGCGACACGGGAGCAAACACGGCGGGCAACGGUGCAACACCUCACGCUGCCUCGGCAAGGCCAGCAGCAUCAUCGACGACCACAGACCCUCAACCUGACUCCCAGUCC